AUGUUCCCAACUUCAGAUUAUCAUUCUGUUGUUCCAUUGAUGUUUUGCGAUACAUCAAACUCCAAUCAGAUCCCAAUGAACUGGCAGAAUACAUCUAACACAAUGAAUCAUCAGGACAAUCGAUAUAGUUCACAUGAUGGCUAUGAACAACAACAUUUCUCACCAGCAUUAUCGAUGAAUGACUCAGACACCGAUUUUCAAAUGUGGACUCCACAAAACCAAAAACAACAACAACAGAAUUUCAAUCAUUGGAUGGACCCAAAUGUACCACGAGAUUAUUCGGGUAUGUUGCCUUCUUCUCGCGGUCUCCCUCAGAAUAUGAUAUUUACAGGCCAGCAGAGAAGUUGCACCAUUAGAUCGAAUUUGGAUACUGAUUCUUCGCUAAUUAAUGAAAAAGAACAAGAGAUGCCAUAUUUUUCGGAGAACCAAAACGGACAAAUCGUGGAGGCAAAUCAAGACGAAAACUUUCAGGACUCUAAGUUGAGUUCCCCAUCAAAAAGAGUCUUUGAGAAUAUGGAUCAAGCAACUUCCACAAGUACCAACGAUCAACCAGAUGAAGAAUAUGCCGAAGUUCCACCCCUUGGAUUCUAUUUCCCUCUUAUCAUCAGAUUCUCAGAUCGGGAGCCUGCUCACAUUGAAAACCUAACCCAUGAACAACUUAUUUCACUGUCACAACAAGCAGUUCAUAAUGUAAAACUUCUUGAGCAGGAUAUGAGAAAAUUGAAAAAAGAGAACGAACGAUUGGUUGAAGAGCUUGAAGCCAAAGCCAAAAAAUUCGGUCAAAAUAAUGUCUCAACGGUAUCUGCCUCCACAGAAGUCCACCUUACGGAUGUUCUCUCACCCGAUGGGAUUGUCAAAUAUAUGGAAGGAUGUGGAUUGGUUUUUGAGAACAAUCGUGAAUGGCAAGACAGGGGAGUUCCUACUGAAAUUCGAAAGACAAUCACCAAAUGUGAACCCGAGCGUCAACAGGUUCAAAUAUUGGAGUUAACUGCCAGCCAGCUGUGGUUUCAAUCUCAAAAAGUGAAACGGAAGUUUUCCAUCUGCGCUUGUGAUUACUGUUGUAGUGAUGAGGAAAACGUGAAUCCAGUUGCAGAGAAGGAACUAAUUGUGAAUGAAGAAAAAACUGGGGAAAAUACACAGGCUGUGACUGGGAGUGUGGAGCAGCAAAGUGAAGGUGACACUCCCGCAGAACUCUGUGACUCUGCAAAAAAAGAACUGCUGGAACUUGAGUAUAAUUUUAAUGAUGCUCAGGAGAAAAUUGUGAAUCCAGUUGUUGACAAGGAACUAAUUGCAAAUGAAGAAACAACAAGGGAAAAUACACAAGCCUCGACAGAACGUGGGACCCAGCAGAAUGAAGGUGAAAUUUAUUCCGAUCUUCGUGACUCUGCAGAGAAAGUUGUAAAACUGCCGGAAUUUUAUUUAUCCGAAACCGCUAGCGAUGAAGAAAUGGAUCAAGAAGUUGAUGAGAAAACUAAUGAAGAAAAAGAGAGCCAUAUUCUCAACAAUUCUGAUUAUGUUUACGACAAAGAGGAGACUACGAAAGUGAUUUCAUCGUUGGAAGCAGUGGUGGGAGGCGAAAAAGAGCAAAUCGGUGACGUCAUGGAUACAAAGGCCAAGAAAGAGACACAGACAGCGAAUGCUGGACAAAAAUCUGCAACCAAGCAACAAAAGAAAAAGGCUAAAAAUAAGAACAAGAACAAGAAUCUCAAAAAAAAGCAGGAACCGUCACGAAAUGAAAGUAAAGAAGACGACAAACCUCUGGAAAUGGCCAUCAAAGAGAAUGAAGAUUUUCUGAUCAUGAAAAGUAUGAUCACCCAAUACUUCGCGUUUGUGGGAGUUGUGAAUUUCACCUAUUUCGGAUUUGUCAAAAAACGAGAAUCGUUGCACCCAUUCUACGACAAGAUUCUUCACUUUUGGCAAGACGAUUUAGCACAUGUUUUCGAUCCAGAAGAGGAUGAAGUUGAAGGAGCAGUUUCCGUACAUCUUGACCAGCGAAUCAAACGUUACUCUACCCAAAAAACUGCAGAAGCAAAAAAGCUGGGAGAAUUUUAUAGCUACAUUCGCCAUAUGUUAAAGGAGUCAUUGUUCACAAGACACAUGGUUUUAAAAGAUAUGUGCUUUGUUCUGGGAAAAGCUGAUGUUGAGAAGGACGAGGAGUAUGCCCAACUCUAUUAUGAAAUGGUUCGAGAUUUCUACAUUUGGCAGCCCCAAGUUUUCGAUUUGAGAGCUGCCAAUAUUGAAGAUCUCUCAUUUUCCGAUCUCGAAGAGAAAGAAAAGCUGUUUUUUGUGGAGGUUAUCAAUGCUGAAGCAAAGACAAUGUCACGCACCAUUUUCGAAAGUAAAAUAUUCGUAAAAGCGAAAAACAAAGAUGCCAAACUGAAAAUAGCAUACAACAUUGCAAUUUCUAAACUCGGAAAACCGAAAGAAUGGGAAGCCGAACUGACCAAGGAGUUGCUUCAAACUCGAAGAGACUGCUGGGCAAACCUGGAAAUUGCAACCAAGGACAAGUCAAAAUAUGUUUCUUUUUACAACACUCUUCUCGAAGUGGAUUCCUAUAUCCUUCACACGGAUAUGUUUAUGCUAAAUACCAUGACGGCGUUGUUGGCGAAGGAAGGGAAAUCACAGUGGAUUCUUGAAACUACCUUCAUGGAAGCAUGGUUCGGCUUUAAAUGUCGACCAAUAUUGUAUGUUGGUUCUGAUAUGGAGCUUCGUCGUGUCGCAAUUUGA